AUGCGUCUUAAAACUCGUCUGUACUAUACUAUUGCUAUAAUUAAUAUUCAUAGUGUAAAGGACGACUUUCUGUCUUUCAGCACAACAAUGAACAUGCAGGUCUCCCGUGUCCCCACAACUUGCGCAACACCUCAUCGGCCAAGGAGCUGGCAAUCAUGCCCACUGCAAACUCCUCGACUCGCACGGCAACGUGGCAUGGUUCAUACCCAUGCCACCAAGGACGACAACAACGACGUCGUUGCUGGCGCUAUCAAGGCCGCUAGCGGGCUGGUGGACAAGGCGACUGAGCUGGUUCCGGAGAGCGUUCCGCGACCCGCCGCCAAGGCGGGCGUUACCAUCGCUGGCGUCAUGUUUGUGUUCUGGUUGCUACAAAAGGUCAUCUCUGGCGUGCUCACCCUGGCCCUGUUCGCUGGGCUUGGCUACUACUUCCUCUCCAAGCAGUCCGGAGACGGCGACGACGAUGCAAUCGAUGUGACCCCCGGCAGCAGCGGCAGCGGCAGCGGCAAGGGCAGGGGCAAGUCGGGGGACAACCUGGACGAUCCGCUGGCGGAGGCUCGGCGCAUCAUGGAUAAGUAUAAGUGAUGAGGGGGUAGCAAUGAGGGAGAGAUUGGAGAUCUUUUCCGUACUGGGCUGGUAAUCUGGAACGGAUGGGGAGGGGAAGGAGGUGCAGGAUGGGGCGGUUAAUGGCAGGGAUUGCGUAGCUCAUUCGUCGCCGAUGUUAUGGACGGUAGGGGGCUUUAGGGAGUGAGCGUUGGCAUGGGAGUGAUGUGUUGGCGCGUUUGUGGUAGGGUGAGUGUUGUGUGGUAGCUGGAGUGGUGUGCCUUGCUUCACCGGUGCAUGACAAUAUAAUGCAUCAAGCACCGUUUGCCUGUGAUGAUGCUUCGUAUUUGUGGUAUUUGCGGAUAGUGCAAGGGAGGUUUCGGACUGAUACAAGGGGGCAUGCAGGCCCCUUUGGUUCUAAGCUGCAAUCGAGCACGGGCAGACACGGGCGGGGCUCUACCGGCUGAUGUGAGUUAAUGUGUCUCCGCAUCAAACCAGUGUACAGCAGCCUAAAUGCAAAGAGACUAGGGACAGUGUGGGA